AGUCGCCCUUAAUGAAAAAGAAAACCUCCCAUGCUUUCCGUUGGUCAACAACCAACCACAGCUCUCUAUAGUUCUUCACUACUCGUACAGGAAGGAGUCUCUUUCUGUCUGGAGGGAAUCAUUUUUUCUCAAUCAAGAAUGUCUCUUCUGGAAAGAUUAACUUUUUUAUCGUACUUCGGUUUACCGGUGUCUAACAACCUAUAUAUCUUUCUUGGAAUCUGUCUCGGGGUCAUGGGCCUUCAAAUUUUGGUUAUGGAAACCAACAAGGCAAAAACCCUGGCCACUCGUACUCGUACUAGGGCUAGUGCUAGUACGAGUGGUUCCCCCACCAGUCCCCCUCCUAAAAGGAGGCGUCCGCCAAAAAGAAGAAAGAAGCAAACACAGGCCAACACUUAUGCUAAUCUUCUAGCGGCGCUUGAGCACUCCUUAGUUGAAGCACUCAAGGGGACCUUCCAGUGUGUUUACGGAGACCAGCUGCUACCGUCAGAUGCCAAAUGGUUACGGGCUAUUAAGCUGAUGUCAGACGAGACACUCGAUGCGUCUAUACUACUGGAAAUGCUGGAUGACAUAAAGAAGGAGGGGGGAAACAGUACAUAUUUCAUUGACGUAUUAACACGCGUUAAUGAAAUGUGUACUGGGGCGGGCACGUCCGAUUCAGACUUGUAAAUUAAAAUAAGAUAUGAAUUUCUCUUACAUUCCUAUUCUCCGAGUAUGUGUCCAUUUUUUCCUUUGUUUGGCGCCCACCUUUGGCUAAACAAUCAUUUGGUUAUGCUAUUUUGGGCUUUGCUCUAACCGAAGCUAUUGCAUCGUUUGCCCCAAUGAUGGCGUCUCGGAUCUCAUCCGUAUUCCAAUCGAGAAAAGGUGUUGAUUUUCAUAUAGCACUUCACAUCACAUAAGUAAGAAGGAAGCGGGCUACUCCCCGAAAAUGCCCGCCCGUAGGUUCGUUUGUCGUUGGGGCUAAGCAGCAAAGAAGAAAGUCCUUCCGCCCAACGGGUGGUCGUAGAUCACCAGAACAAGGCGAGCCAAAGGCUCGCUUUCGCCCCUAUUUGAGUAAGCUGAUCGUAGACCACCGUUGAUCGUAGACCAGACAGAGUUUUGGUUUUCUACUGGCGUGGCGCUGCUGGAUGCUUCUGAUCAAUAGGAAGAGGAGGAAAAAAAAAGCUUAUGAUGAGCAUCUAUUUGAGUCGAUCAUUUCCAAGAUCUAAUUCCAGUUUUUUCUUAUGUAGUGGAAACGCCUCACAAUCUGCAGUUUUACGCUUAAGGGAAGAAAUGUUCUUGGUGGAUGCAGGACCUGGGACCCCCAGAAUUUGUAUGCAAGAUGAGCCUACAGGAGUGCCAAUCAACCGAGCCACCAGGUUUGAGAAUAAGGUGGGAUCCCUGGAUGUAGUGGCUGGUGAAUCACUGAUCAAAGAGCAGAUUUUGGAGAGAUUCUUCAUCGAUCUAGUGGCCGGUGAAUCACUGAUCAAAGAGCGAGCAGCCGCCAGGUUUAAUGAUUUGGUGGGAUCCAUAGAUGUAGUGGCUGGUGAACCGCUUCUUCUUCCACGAAGAUUCAGACAAAACCGAGCUUGGAUGGAACUGAACAAGAUUUGGCGAACGAAUACACAGGUAAAAGGCUUUAUUAUUGAUAAAGUAAAAGGAGGUUAUUCAGUAGCCAUCGCAGGUUUCAUUACUUUUCUUCCAUUCCGUCCUCUCAUAACUCAAAGGAUAGCGAAUGAUCGAUUCACCAUUGAGAGCAUUAACCCCAAAAGGACGAAUAUUGUGGUGUUCUAACAGCGGCAGAUCAAACAAGAACUUGAUGAGCGUUACGAAAAAAAAAAGACAAUUGAUAAAUUCCGAAGCCUAGCGUCUCCUGAGAAUAAGACUCUUUCACCU